CUGCGUACUUCUGGGCCGGCCUGACAUCACCGACCGCCGAGGUACAUGACCCCUCGGCACAUGCAUUAAGUAGCCACCACACACAUCGUCUUUGAACAUCACAUCCCCUACACGCCGACUACCUCCACUCCCUCCUUGCCAUCAUGUCAUUCCUCGGCGGCCCAGAAUGCUCCACGGGCGCCAACCCCCUCGCCCAAUUCCAGAAACAAACCUCCGCCGACACAUCGUUACAGCGCGAUCGCCUCGCCUCUCGCCAGGGCCCCCAAUUGAACGGCUUCCGAACACAACAGGCCCGACCCGACGAUGCCGCCUUCCAAGAUUUUGCCCACGCGGGCCCGCAGAUGGGCGAAGCGCUCCCCACCGGCGGCCUACAUUUCGAACAGCUGCGAAGAGAGCAAGAGCUGCUGAAGCGGGGUGGCGCUGGGAGCCCGAACUGGGCGGGCGAGUUUGCACAGCACUCGCCUCACUUUGCACCGGAGGAGUUUGCACAGCAGCGGGGCGCUGGCUUCAAUCCGCAGGAGUUUGCUAGCUUUCGGGCGCAACAGGCGCAGCCGCGGACGGCGAGCCCUUCGUAUCAGCAACAGUCGUCGUUUCAGCAGCCCAUGUAUGGUGGUGGGGGGUUUGGGAUGCAGCGGCCUAUGUUUCAGUCGCAGUUUAUGAAUCGACCGCAGGAGCCGAUGUACGAGGGGAAGGGGAAGGGCAGGGUGCAAGAGCUGAGUGAUACGGACUGGGAGAAACAAUUCGAGCAGCUGAGCACGGAAGAUCAGACUGAAGAAUUGGAUAAAGAAGCGGAAGAGGCGAUGGAGCGAGAGUUGAACCAGAUUGACCGGGAUCUACUUGGCGACAUGGACUAUGCCGGUCACAUGGGCGACGAAUACGACCAGUGGAAAGACUUCGAGGGGCAGUUCGGGGAGGUUCCAACCCGCGACUUCCAGAAUGCCCCAGAGUUCGGGACCUACAUGUUUGAGGAGAACAAUCUUUUCAAGGAUGUCCCGAAUGCAUACGAGGAGGGGUUGAAAAUCAUGAGGGAAGGUGGCAAUCUAUCCAUUGCUGCAUUAGCAUUUGAAGCGGCUGUUCAAAAGGAUUCAGACUUCGUGGAAGCAUGGGUGGCGCUUGGGCAGUCACAGGCACAAAACGAGAAAGAAGCACCUGCCAUCCGGGCAUUGGAACAGGCGUUGAAGCUGGAUCCGAACAAUCUGGAAGCAUUGAUGGGCCUGAGUGUGAGUUAUACCAACGAAGGCUACGACUCUCUCGCAUACCGAACCCUCGAACGCUGGGUCGGCGUCAAAUAUCCCCAACUCGGCGUCAAGCCUCGCGGCCUCGACGAAGAAGAAGACCUGGGUUUCACCGACCGUCACAUCCUCCACGAGAACGUCACCAACCUCUUCCUCGAAGCCGCACAGCUCAACCCAGAAGGCUCCGACGUGGACGUCGACGUCCAAGUCGGCCUCGGCGUGCUCUUCUACGGCAGCGAAGACUACGACAAAGCGGUGGACUGCUUCAACGCCGCGCUGGAAUCGACGCAGAUUGGCGUGAUGAAGCGCGAAGGCGAAGAGCACCUCCUCUGGAACCGGCUGGGCGCCACGCUCGCUAACAGCGGCAGGAGCGAGGAGGCCAUCGAAGCCUACUCGCGCGCCCUCGACCUCAAGCCCAACUUUGUGCGCGCGCGCUACAACCUCGGCGUCUCGUGCAUCAACCUCGGCGUGCAGGAGGAGGCGGCGGUGCACCUGCUCGGCGCGCUGAGCAUGCACCGCGUGAUGGAGCAGGAGGGCCGGGAGAAGGCGAAGGAGGUGCUGCAGGAUGGGAGUGGGAGGGACGUGGACGAUUCGAUUGUGGAGGGGCUGUUGCAGCAGAAUCAGAGUACGAAUCUGUACGAUACGCUGCGUAGGGUGUUUACGCAGAUGGGGCGGCGCGAUUUGAGUGAGAUGGUGGGGCCGGAUAUGGAUCUGGGGGCAUUUAGGAAGGAGUUUGAGUUUUGAGCGAGGAAGAAGUGUGGGUGGUCAUAAAUGGUCAGGGACUUGACUGAGUGCUUGACGACAUAUUUGCAUGACAAAUCGACAAGUAGUCCUGAACUCAUGUGAUCCGACACACCUCUGUUGUAGAGACACAUGAAAGUGACAUGCUUCUCGUGAUCUGCGGCUCUCUGCGGACAAUCAUUCGAGAAUGACUUUGGUUAACCAUGGAGGAGACUGAAAAUCACGUGAGCUGAACGAUCAACAUGGGUUAAAGAGCGGGAGUACAGCCUCCCGCUAGCCCCCGACGCUCGGAAACCAAUGACCUUGAGAAGGCCUCACCGCCCUGCAACGGGAAGGACGGAAGCGUUGGCAAGCGCAUCAGGGGCAUCAAGAUCAUCAAGCUCCUUAUCACAACUUCACGCGGUGGUGAUGGACGAUGUGUCGCCAUCGUAGCCUAGUACUGGAUCCCAUUCGUGCCCUCCGCCUGCAUCUGCGAC